UCCGUUCCAACUUCCAAGCUCGAGUUGGAGAAGGAUCCGGUAUAACUUCAGGUCUUGGCAAAUUCCUUUCCGUUCCGCUUAGCCUUUUCACUUUUUUUUUUCUUUUUGAUAAGUUCUAUAGGAUUGGAUGAUCCUAUUUGAUCGAAAACUCCUGCUCCCUCCCAGCGAGUAGGAAAGUUUUGUGCUAUCAGGUUAGUAGGGCAAGUUCUCCGUAACUCCGUUGACACAGCGUCCAAAGAAAUUGUCGAGGAUCCUCACGGCGGAAUGGUUUGCAUCUCUGAAUCCUCUGAUAACACAGCACCAGCACCAGCACCAGCAUCCGUCCGUCGUUGUGGGUGCGUGUGCGUCCUCUGAUCACCACUCGGCGAAAUCGUAAGCUCGUAGCGAACCGAAUCGUCGCGGCAUCACCAAUUCACCGUCGCGAGGCGCGGCACACAGUUCACUUCCCUCCUCAUGGCCUUCUCCUCUUUCUCGUGGCCGUUCCGCCGCCGAGGCAGCGGAGGCGGAGGCGGAGACGGAGACGGCCCGAGCCAACCCUACGCCGCGGCGGGGGACGGGGACGAGGAGCUGGGCGUCACGCCGCAGCUGCUAGACUUCCUCCGGACGCUCUCCCCCGGCACCUUCAAGUCCUCCGCGCUCCAGCUCCAAGGAGGAGGCUCGGCGGGGGUGGAAGCUGGCGAGCUCACCGGCUGGCAGGAGCGGCAUGCCGUGCUCGUGCUCUCCCAAGCCAAGGAAUUGGCCAAGAUCCGCUACGAUCUGUGCCCGCGCCACAUGAAGGACAAGCAGUUCUGGAGGAUAUACUUUCUGCUCGCUAAGAGUUACACGUCACCGUAUGAGCUACGAGCCAUACAAAAAGAGAAGGUAAGAAGGAUGGAAACGGAAAAUGGGAAGGCAAAAGAUGUUACUACUGUUGAGGUGGAGAUGCAAGAAUCAAAAUGCCGUAGGGAUUCUAAAACGUCACCAAGUGAUGAAGAAUCUCAAGAUUCGUAGUUAGUAUUGUUGACUGAAUAUUAGGUCAUGCCAAUACUGUAAAAUCCUCGUCUUUCUUUGAGUCUCAUGUUUCCAGUUGAAUCUCCGCUUGAUUGCUGCUUCAGAAGUAACACAGUUACACAGAUUAUGGCCUGAAUGUGUGCAUGCAGCUUCUGGCUGAAUGAAGUAACGUGCAACAUUGUAAGGCCUAUUCAGUCCGGAGGAAAAAACAAAAGAUUUUAUUUCUAAAGACUAAUUCUAUCUAUAGAAGCCAUUCAGUUUGUAUAA